CCUUUUUCUGAAUAUUUCAUUUGAGUUAUUUCUUAUAGAUGGAUAAAGAGGAUAUCUCGCCAGAGGACAUGGUAGUUGAAUUCUACACCCAAGUGAAUGCGUUUCAAGUAUUAGCCAAGAAAAUGGAUGCCUACUUGUCCACAAUCUCUGCCAUGAAGCGAGGGAUGUCUGGUGUAAACAACGCCCUUCUGCUCUUUUGUGGCACUUAUUGGCCAGGGAUGGAUUAUUUCAGAUCCCUCCUCCAGGAUUUGGACGACUUGUGGGAUUUACUGGAAAAGGAUGUUAGUAAACUCGGAGACGGGUUCCAAGACUUCGCAGACAAGUUCUACGUCAUCUUAGAUUUGCGAGUUAAAAUUGAGGAAGGAAGUCAAGCAUUACGUCAUUACCGACGUGAAGGUGAGAAAAUGAAGAAGAACAAACAGAAGUCUCAAGCUGAAAAAGAAAAGUUUACGAAGAUGUGCACACAGAAAGAGCGAGAAUUGAGAGAAAUGAGGAAAAAACUGGAAAUAGAUGUGAACAAUCUCUGUAGAAUGCAGAGACAAUUCAUAACUGACCACUUUCGGAAUUUUUUUGAGGUCCAUGGAACAUUUUGUCGUGAUUUUCAAGAGAUAGAAGGAAAACUCCUGGAUUCACUGGUGGGAUUUCUUCCAAAGAAGAAGUAAAAUGUUUCAUACUUCAGGAUGAAACAAAUAAACUGAGAUGCAGCCUUUAA